UCCUCCCCUUCGCUGCGCACUCACCUCUCAUCGUCGCACGCACGCCCGCACCUCCUCCCCUCCCCCCUCAAAACCUCCGCCGUGAUCCGGUGGUGGAUGCAGCCUCGUGGGCGAUCCUUCAACCGCCGCUCCCGGAGCUUCUCCCGCGCCCGCCUCGCCAUCGAGGGGUCUUAAUCUCGCCGGCCUCCUCCCUUCUCUCAGACUCUCAGUCGCUAAACCCUCCCCUCUAAAAUCGCACUGAACGAACGGUCGAACGAUCCCGCCGAGAUGGACGCCGCGGCCGCCACCGCUGUUAAUGGAGUGCUUGAGGUGGAGGAGAGGAAGGCGCAGAAGAGCUACUGGGAGGAGCACUCCAAGGACCUCACCGUCGAGGCCAUGAUGCUCGACUCCCGCGCCGCCGAUCUCGACAAGGAGGAGCGCCCCGAGAUAUUGUCUUUACUUCCUCCUUACGAAGGAAAAUCAGUACUGGAACUUGGUGCUGGAAUAGGUCGCUUCACUGGAGAACUAGUGAAAACAGCUGGGCAUGUUCUUGCAAUGGAUUUCAUUGAAAGUGUGAUUAAGAAGAAUGAAAGCAUAAACGGUCACCACAAGAAUGCAUCCUUUAUGUGUGCGGAUGUCACAUGUCCAGACCUGAUGAUUGAGGAUAACUCCAUUGAUCUGAUAUUUUCAAACUGGUUACUGAUGUAUCUUUCAGACGAGGAGGUUGAGAAGCUAGUAAAGAGAAUGGUAAGAUGGCUAAAGGUUGGCGGCUAUAUCUUCUUUAGGGAAUCUUGUUUCCAUCAGUCUGGAGAUUCAAAAAGGAAAGUGAAUCCUACACAUUACCGGGAGCCAAGGUUUUACACUAAGGUGUUUAAAGAGUGUCAAGCUCUUGAUCAAGAUGGGAAUUCCUUUGAACUCUCUGUACUUACUUGCAAGUGUGUUGGAGCUUACGUGAAAAGCAAGAAAAAUCAAAACCAGAUAUGUUGGCUAUGGCAAAAGGUUGAUUCAACAGAAGAUCGGGGGUUUCAAAGAUUUUUGGACAAUGUGCAGUACAAAGCCAGUGGAAUAUUACGCUAUGAACGCAUCUUUGGAGAAGGCUUUGUGAGCACUGGUGGAAUUGUAUGCCUAUUCUUUUAUCUUCGUUCACCAGAAACUACAAAAGAAUUUGUGGACAGGCUGGAUCUCAAACCUGGCCAGAACGUUCUUGAUGUUGGAUGUGGAAUUGGGGGCGGUGAUUUUUAUAUGGCUGACAAGUAUGAUGUUCAUGUUGUUGGUAUUGAUCUUUCGAUAAACAUGGUUUCUUUUGCACUUGAGCGUGCUAUUGGGCGUAAGUGCUCAGUUGAGUUUGAAGUCGCUGAUUGCACCAAAAAGACAUACCCAGACAACACGUUUGACGUCAUCUACAGUCGUGAUACUAUCCUUCACAUACAAGAUAAACCCUCACUAUUUAAAAGUUUCUUCAAGUGGCUCAAACCUGGGGGUAAGGUCCUAAUUAGUGAUUACUGCAAGUGCCCUGGGAAACCUUCAGAAGAGUUCGCAGCUUACAUUAAGCAAAGGGGUUAUGACCUUCACGACGUCAGGGCUUACGGACAGAUGCUUGAGAAUGCUGGUUUCCAUGAUGUCAUUGCUGAAGACCGCACCGAUCAGUUCCUCGAUGUUCUAGAGAGGGAGCUUGCUAAAGUUGAAAAGAACAAAAACGAGUUCGUCUCUGAUUUCAGCCAGGAGGACUACGACGCCAUUGUGAAUGGAUGGAAGGCAAAACUUCAAAGGAGUUCUGCUGGUGAGCAGAGGUGGGGGCUGUUCAUCGCGACCAAGUGAUGAAUCAAGAUGCGCAGCGUGGGGGGGACUCGCAAAUAAAUUGGUUUCAUGCCGUGUGUCCAUCAUAUUACAUUUUUGUUGUCAAGUUAUUUAAUUUCGAAUUCGGUGUACUUCUUGUGGAGCUUUUGAUGUUGUUGGGACAAAAAACAAAAAUAACCAGAGUUCAGCCCGCGUUGUUUUCGACUUCUUGAGCUGGAAAGUUCAGUUGCAUAAAGAAAAUUCAGGUGUACUCGGUGUGAAACUUUUGAUGUUGUUUGGAUAUAAACAAAAACCAAAGUUCGGCCCCCA